AGACUUUUGGCUGUCGCCGUCGAAAAAUGACGCUUCCCUUUUUGAAUGGUGUUAUUUCCUCUUAAAUUGACACCGGAAGUGGCUCUCAUUGUCAUGGAAGAGAUUCACGUAGACGCCGGAAGAGAAGGCCUCAACCAACGGCGAGGGUCCAAGAUGGCGGAGGUGGAGGAAGUAACUGAAGGUUGCCGUCUCCCUGUGCUGCGCCGUAACCAAGACAAUGAGGACGAGUGGCCACUGGCUGAAAUCCUUAGCGUCAAGGACAUCAGUGGACGGAAACUUUUCUACGUUCACUACAUUGAUUUUAACAAACGUCUGGAUGAAUGGGUAACCCAUGAUCGGCUGGACCUGAAGAAGAUCCAGUUCCCCAAAAAGGAGGCCAAGACCCCCACCAAGAAUGGGCUGCCAGGAUCCCGACCCAGCUCUCCAGAACGUGACAUGAGGAAGACCUUGGAUCUGUCUCUGCAACCAGCCACAACUCCAUCCAGCGGUAAAACCCUGCCCAUCCCGGUGCAGAUAACCCUCCGUUUUAACCUACCUAAAGAGAGGGAGGCCGUCCCCGGCUCGCCCGACCAACCCCUCUCCUCCAGCUCCUGCGUCCAACCAAACCAUCGUUCAACGAAGCGGAAGGUGGAGGUGGUUUCCCCGGCAACCCCCAUCCCUGCUCCGACAGAAACUACACAAGCUUCCGUGUUUCCCCAGAAUGGGUCUGCCCGGCGAGCAGUGGCUGCCCAGCCGGGCAGGAAGAGGAAGUCCAAUUGCCUCGGCACAGACGAGGUGAGUGCUGGGGCUUGCGACUCCGCCCACCUGCUUUGCCGGGUGUCCCGGGCUGGAAGAAAGCAGCUCUUUUCCAGUUGUGAAGAAUAUUUCCCCACUUGUGAGCAGGACUCACAGGACAGCUCGGACGGCAUUCCCUCAGCCCCACGCAUGACAGGCAGCUUGGUAUCGGAUCGCAGCCACGACGACAUCAUCACACGCAUGAAAAACAUUGAGUGCAUUGAACUCGGUCGACACCGUUUGAAGCCCUGGUACUUCUCGCCAUACCCCCAAGAACUCACCACUCUCCCUGUCCUUUACCUCUGCGAGUUCUGCCUUAAGUAUGUCAAGAGUCUCAAAUGUCUUCAAAGGCACCUGACAAAAUGUGACCUGAGGCAUCCGCCUGGGAAUGAAAUCUAUCGCAAGGGCACCAUCUCCUUCUUUGAGAUCGAUGGGCGGAAGAACAAGAGCUAUUCUCAGAAUCUCUGCCUGCUUGCAAAAUGCUUCCUGGACCACAAGACCCUCUACUAUGACACGGAUCCCUUUCUCUUCUACGUCAUGACAGAGUAUGACAGCAAGGGCUUCCACAUCGUCGGCUAUUUCUCCAAGGAGAAGGAAUCCACAGAAGAUUACAAUGUGGCUUGUAUCCUGACUCUGCCCCCCUACCAGAGAAGAGGCUAUGGCAAAUUGCUGAUUGAAUUCAGCUAUGAAUUAUCCAAGGUGGAAGGCAAGACAGGCACACCGGAAAAGCCCCUGUCAGACCUGGGGCUUCUGUCUUAUCGCAGCUACUGGUCGCAGACCAUUCUCGAAAUCCUCAUGAAUCUUAAAUCGGAGAACGGGGAGCGGCCACAAAUCACUAUCAACGAAAUCAGUGAAAUCACAAGCAUUAAGAAGGAAGAUGUCAUCUCUACACUGCAAUACCUCAACCUCAUUAACUACUACAAGGGGCAGUAUAUCUUGACGCUUUCAGAGGACAUAGUGGACGGACACGAGCGUGCCAUGUUGAAGCGGAUCCUACGGAUUGACUCCAAGUGUCUGCACUUCACCCCCAAAGACUGGAGCAAGAGGGGAAAGUGGUGAGAGUGGAAUCUGACCGUUCAAAGUGAAGAGUGGCUGUUGGCAGACCCUCUCGCACCAGGACAAUGAGGGCCGGGGCAGAAUGCUCAGACACUCCUUCAAAGACAUUUUUCUGCCAGACCUGAACCACAGGCAGAGCUGACCAGGCCUGCCUGGUCUGGCCUGCCCAUUUGUAUAUAGGACUGUAUAUUUUCAUCUUGUACAGAAAUCCUGAAAGCACAGACCAGUAUAUCUUUCCUUUUCUCAUUCCGCCCUUCCCAAUGCCAAGUUACUGUGGAGGAGAAUGGGAACCAAAGAUUUUUCUUAAUCGAAGCAAAUUCAGUAGCUAGAAUCCUUGUGGAUCCUGCUUCAAGAGGGACAAGAUUCUUAGCAGUGGACUACUUUCCCAUAAUGCUCUGCUGCUGUGGGGCUGUAGUGGAGUAGCUGCUGUCACCACUGUUCUCCAGACAGAAUCAUGCUACAGCUCCCAGGUAAAACUGUUCUGCUUUAGCCCAAGGCCUGGAUGCUCUUGCCCAUGAGCCCAAGGGCCAGAAGCAACUUGUUGUGGCAGCCUUCUGUGAGUAAGGCGAGGGAAGAGCCUUUACCUUCUGCUGCUCUAAAGGUGGAGUAUCUAUAGCAGUAGAACACCUCUUGGCUAAGGAAAAGGGUUCCUUUAUCGUGUCAGCCCAACACCUCUGUGAAACAGAGGUGGAGAGCUAAAACCCCAUCUGGCUCUUGUUCUCAAAAUAAAUUAAUGAAGUGUUUCAAA